AUGAGCUUACACCAGCCCUUACCGGAAGAACUGUUUCGCGGAAAGGGCGGGUUCGGACUCAUGUAUCGGAAAAAACAAAGUUUCCCGAGGAACAAACAACAUUUACUUUCGUCGUUCAAGACAUCAAGUGGUACUACAAAGUUCCCUAGAAGUAGCGCCGUAUCCAAAACAAGAAUAGCCUCUUCGUCCUCCACUGGCGUUCUCGGACGAGGCCUAGGUGGAGCAGGACUAAAAAAAAGUGGUGGAGAAAUCCGACAGAAGUUCUUAACUGCAGCUCUCAAGAAAAAACUAUCAUCCUCAAAACAUAAGCAAACUGCUUUGACAGUUGCUGCGCUAUUGCAAAAUGACAUGCGGACGGCUUGUACGAAAGAAAAUGGAGGCUGUGAGGCAGAACCUCUCUUGAGCGCAGUCUUGGCUUUGGCAACGAACACACCAAUGGAUCCAGA